AUGGCUGCACAAUACAACAACGACAUGGCGAAUGGCGGUGGCGACUUUGGUGCGCAUAUGGAACGGAUCCGAACUGCAGGAUCUGUCAACAUCAGCACUGAACUUUUUGAGAAACUAUAUCUCUCUCCUCAAAACGCUGUCUCAGGGGAAUUUCGUCAAACCUUCGGCAACCCAACACCAAUCGCACUGGCGGGAUUCCUGCUGUCCUUGACACCGCUAUCAAUGGCACUGCUCGAAUGGUGUGGAGCCGGUGGUCUCGGUGCGGCCAUGAAUGAGGCCUUCUUCAUGACCUUUGGCGCAUUUUCGUUUAACUUCGGCGCGACGCCCACCCCAUACUACAACGCUUCAGCAGCGUACUCGCCUGAUCCGGAAAUGCCGUGGGAAGGAGCAGUUGCACCUGAAUUCAUGGCCACCUUCGCCUUCUUCCUGAUUUCCAUGGAUCUGCUGUGCUUUGUACACCCUAUUGCUUCGAUCCUGACGAAUCUCGUCUUCUUCUUCAUUUUCUCGUUGAUCGUGCCGGCUUUCGGCUGUCUCGCCGGAUCGUUCUGGCCCGGUGCACAAGGCGAUACGGCAUUGUCUCUAGCACUGCAACAUGCCGAUACUGGGCUCGCGCUGGCUCUCUCGCUUCUCGGGUGGUACAUCCUCACCGCACUGAUACUCGCCGGAGUUAAGUCGUAACAGCAGACCCGUUGAUCGCUGGCCACAUCGCUAACAACACAUCUCUCCCGGUCGAUUUCCCAAUCGCACUUCUCGUCAGCGAUCUCCGCACCAGGAUCAAGGGUAUGUCGGCAAGGGGAAGUCGCGCAAGAGGCGAGCAGAGUCGUCAGCAUGAAGUCUGUGCCGAACGCCCGGGAGCAAGACGAUGACACCAUGUGUAUGCAGAAAGCUAUGCUCAAUCAUGGCCAUCGUGUUCGCUCGUCGGUUCACACAAAGAAGCCAUGUAGCUGUCUUCCCUCGCAAUCCAGGCAGGACUGCGUGUUGUCGUCUUGGUCACGUCAUCGUUGGGCUU